UUGUAUUUGGGUAGAGAUGGGGUUUCGAUAUGUUGGCCAGGCUGGUCUUAAACUCCUGGGGUCAAGUGAUCCACCCACCUCAGCCUCCUAAAGUGCUGGGAUUCCAGGCAUCAGUCACCACAGCCAGCCUGCUUCAUCUCAAAUUCUGAUGUCUGAAAAUUAGAUGAGGCUUUUUGCCCCAAGAAAAGAGUAGUUUUUUGGGUUUUUUUUGUUUGUUUGUUGUUUGUUUUGAGCCUCUGUCUCACUCUGUCCUCUGGGGUGGAGUGCAGUGAUGCAGUUACGGCUCACUGCAACCUCAACCUCUCAGGCUAUAGUGAUCCACCCCCUCUGCCUCACAGGUAACUGGGACUUAAGGUGUGCACCACCACACAUGGCUAAUUUUAGAAAAAAAAAAUUUGUAGAGACAGGUUCUCUGUAUGUUGCCCGGGCUGGUCUCAAACUCCUGGGCUGAAGACAAGCAGUCCUCCCACCUCAGCCUCCCAAAGUGCUGGGAUUGUAGGUGUGAGCUGCCACCAGGCUCAGCCUCGUUUUAUAUUUGAGACCAUGCCAGAUCUUUUCAUCUUGCAGAGUACUUCCUGAGAAUAUUACCCCACAAUUGCUAGUAAAGAAUAUCAUCAAAAAGUCAAUAAACUUUUAAAAUAUGUAAUAAAUGGUCUUGUAGAAAUCACAAACAAUUGUACUUAUUGGAUGAAAAUAUCUGUCCUACUAUUAUACAAAAAAUUAUUAUGGUUAGGAGUAAUUUCCAAUGAUAGCAUUACAUAUAGGUACAAUAUAUACUUUAUAGAUUCAAUUAUAGGUCCAAUUAAGGGAGGAUGAAUGUGAAGAAGUUAAAUAAAAGUGUUGAUGCUGAGCUCUGGAGAACUCUUAGAUAAUUACAAAAGGAAGUUUUACUGAUGAUGGUGAAGUUAUUGACAUCAGUGAUUUAAGUAAUGAUCCUGAAUAAGAAUAUUUUAUAGGCCAGGCACGGUGGCUCAAGCCUGUGAAUCCCAGCACUCUGGGAGGCCGAGACGGGCGGAUCACGAGGUCAGGAGAUCGAGACCAUCCUGGCUAUCAUGAAGUCUGGCUAGAUAAUCCCAAAACGUGGCUCCGAGAUAAUCAAGACAACUUUAAAAGUAUGGAGAGAGGCCAUAAAUAUGAUGUUUUUGGAAAAAUAUUUAAUUCAAGCAUAAACGUUAUUCAUGUAGGAAUGAGAUCCCAUAAAUGUGGCACAGGAGAAAAAAGUUUGAAACGUCCUUUUGAUUUGCUUAUUCCAAGAAAUAACUGUGAAAGAAAGAAAAUUGAUGAGCUCAAUAAUAAAUUAUUAUUCUGUAUCAAACCUGACAGAACCCAUGGUGGAAUAAAAUACUGUGAUUGCAAUACAUGUAGAAAACCCAGCAACAAAGAGCCAUGGCUCACUGCUAAUCAUACGCACACAGGAGUCUAUUUAUGCAUGGAAUGUGGCAGAUUUUUUAACAAGAAGUCACAACUUGUUAUACACCAGAGAACUCAUACAGGAGAGAAGCCCUAUCAAUGCAGUGAGUGUGGAAAAGCCUUCUCACAGAAGUCACUGCUCACUAUUCAUCAAAGAACUCACUCAGGAGGAAAACCGUAUGGGUGCAGUGAAUGUCAGAAAGCUUUUAGUAGGAAGUCACUCCUCAUUUUACAUCAGAGAAUUCACACUGGAGAGAAGCCGUAUGGAUGCAGUGAAUGUGGAAAAGCCUUCAGUAGGAAGUCGCAGCUUAAAAGACAUCAGGUAACUCACACAAUAGAGAAACCCUAUAGUUGCAGCGAGUGCGGGAAAGCAUUCUCGCAGAAAUUAAAACUCAUCACACAUCAGAGAACGCACACAGGAGAGAAACCCUAUACGUGUAGUCACUGUGGAAAAUCCUUCUUUUGGAAGUCGCAGCUUAUUACUCAUCAGAGGACCCACACAGGGAAGAAACCUUAUGCAUGUAGUGAGUGUCAAAAAGCCUUCAGCAGGAACUCACUUCUCAUUAGGCAUCAGAGGAUUCAUACAGGAGAGAAGCCCUACGAAUGCAAUGAAUGUGGUGAAGCCUUCAUCAGAAAACCACAACUGAUUAAACAUCAGAUAACUCACACAGGAGAGAAGAACUAUCGAUGCAGUGAUUGUGAAGAGGCCUUCUUUAAGAAGUCAGAGUUAAUAAGACAUCAAAAAAUUCACUUAGGAGAGAAACCAUAUGGAUGCAUUCAAUGUGGGAAAACCUUCUUUGGGAAGUCCCAGCUCCUAACGCAUCACAGAACACACACUGGAGAGAAGCCUUAUGAAUGCAGUGAGUGUGGGAAGGCCUUCACCCAGAAGUCAAGUCUGAUAUCACAUCAGAGAACACAUACAGGUGAGAAACCCUAUGAAUGCAGUGAAUGCAGGAAAACCUUCAGCGAGAAGUCAAGUCUCAUUCAUCACCAGAGAACUCAUACUGGAGAAAAGCCUUUUGAAUGUAGUGAAUGUAGGAAAGCUUUUGCUUGGAAGCCACAGCUUCUUAGGCAUCAGAGAAUUCAUACAGGGGAGAAACCCUAUGAAUGCAAUGAAUGUGGGAAAGCAUUUGUUCAGAAAGUGCAGCUCAUUAAGCAUCAAAGAAAUCACACGGGAGAGAAAACCUAUGGAUGCAAUGAUUGUGCAAAAGCUUUCUUUGAGAAGGCACAGCUCAUUAUACAUCAGAGAAUUCAUACAGGAGAGAGACCAUAUAAAUGUGGUGAAUGUGGAAAGUCUUUCACGAGAAAGUCACACCUUAUGAGGCAUCAGAGGAUUCAUACAGGAGAUAAAUACUAUGGAUGCAAUGAGUGUGGGACCACCUUCAACAGGAAGUCGCAGCUUAUGAUACAUCAGAGAAAUCAUAUAAUAUAAAAAUCAUAAGUUUGGCGAAUUCAGAAAGGUUGCUAUCAAAUGUCAUACUUUCUAACACUUUUGAGGAUGAAUAAGGGAGAGAAACCCUAUUGAGGCAGUGACUGUUGAAAAAGCUUGAAUUGAGGAGUCAAGAGUCACUAUGCAGAAUUUAAAAAGGAGAGUUUUUAAAAAGUAAACAAUGUAAAAAAUGUCAUCUCCCAGAAGACACUACUCAUUACAUAUUGGAUGACUCAUUGAGAUGAAAACCUUAUUAGUGUUGUGAUAGUACAGAAGCUUUUAGUCAAAAGUCAGCUUAUUAAAUGUUUAGCAUACCUAAACAGGAAGAAAAUUAUAUUGUUAUAACAAGCAAGUGAAAGAUUUCAAGAAAGGACAACUCACUGUGCACCUGAGAAUCCUCAAUACCUACAGAGGUUCAUACUGACGAGUAGUCUCAAUAAUGUAAAGAAUUUGACAAGCGUGAUGCUAUUGAAAUAGUUCUGUAAGGAAGUGGUGCUCUGUAUGUAUAAAUUAUUAUAAAAAGCAGUCAAUUGUAAGUGUUAGGUGUGUUUACUUAGAUGUGAAGAGUUCUGCUUUCUGCUGUGAUGGAAUAACAACAGUCAGAUUUCCUUUCCUGCCUUAAACAACUAGAAACUGUCCAAUACAUAUAAUAUAUAAUGGUUUUUAGACAUAGGACAAGCACAGUAGAUUUUCUCUCCUGCCUUAAACAACUAGAAACUGUCCAAUACAUGUAAUAUAUAACGGUUUUUAGACAUAGGACGAGCACAGUAGAUUUUCUCUCCUGCCUUAAACAACUAGAAGCUGUCCAAUAUAUGUAAUAUAUAACGGUUUUUAGACAUAGGACAAGCACAGGUUUGUGAUCCUCAGGAGACUGUAGACAGAGUGAGGUGAGCACCAAGGUUUCUCAGCCUGCCCCUCAUGGCAGUUACUAGGCUGUGGUUCAGGGAAGGGAAACAGUAAAUCUUGCUGAAUUGAAGAGACAGGAUUGGCAGUUGGGGAGGCCACAGCAGCUAGAAUUUGCAGGGGAAAGUACUGGAGAGAUGGGAUCUUCCUAGAGACAGGGCUCAAGAAGUCUGCAGAGAGUGCCCUGAGUCCUUUGGCUUAGUACUGACUUGGCACUGAGGCCAGGAAAAGAAGCACUGGAAAGGAACAGGCUGAACAAUUCCUGGAACUCAUGCAGGGCUGGGAAUAGUUUAUGUUCUCAGCAGCCAGAGUGGAAACAGAUUCUAACACAUGGAGCAUCCGGUAGAAUUCUCAGAGGGUUUUGUUUUAGUAGUGAGGCUACUUAGCUCUAGAUUAAAAAGCUACUCUGGACCUGUAGUGUCCGGCAUCCCAAAAAAAACUUAUCUGGCAUGCAAGGAAGCAAUAAAGUAUGACUUAUAACCAGGAGAAAAAUCAAUAGAAACCCAGAAAAGACAGAGGUGAUGGAAUUAGUAGACAAGGGUAUUAAAAGAGCUAUUGUAAAUAUAAAGUAGAGGAAAACAAUACCCCCACAUAGGCAAGAAGUUGAUGAAACCUGAGGUAUAAGAGAUACUUUUAAUGGCCAAAAUAGAACUAGGGAUGAAAACACCUUCUGAUUUUGUUAAAAUCCCAGGUGGAGAGAUUAGAUAAAGAAAAAGAAAAAAAAAUCAAUGAAC